CUAUGCUCGAGAUACGUGCGUGGAAAGUGGAACAUAAAACGAAAGUUCGAGGAUGUUGCAAAGUGCCUUCCUUGCAUCUACUUUUCUUCGUGUCGCUGUCCCUCAUUUCUUAUUAUUAUUCCAUUCUCUUUGUGUGUGAGCAGAGACAACUACAACAACUUCGUUCUCAACCAAACCAAAGUCAUGAGUGGAAUGCUUCCAGGAGUUGAAUGUGCUCGAAGGAGAAGGUUACAUCACAGUGGAGGAGGAUCCUCUUAUUCACCAUCCAUGCCCACUCGCGAUUCCACGUCACGCUCUUUCUGUUUGUAUAUUAGGAACCUCCAAACCCCCUUUUCGUCCUCCUCUUCAGUGGAAAGAAGCGCGUUGAACGGGGCAUGCCCAGAAGAGAAUCUGGGAGGAGCCGCCAUGGAAGCCAAACGGAGAUUGGAUGAGAGGUUCACGGCGCAUAUGAAAUCGGAAAACAAACGCUAUAGCCGAAAAAGGAAAUCCCUUUUUCAUGCUUUGUGGCACCAAUUUACAUCUUAGAAGGAAAAUGAAAAUCCUUUUAUUGUUUUCAAAUAAUGUUAGCAUGUAAAGUGAUUGAGUGUGGAGGAAGGAAGAAGAAAUGAAAAUCCUCUGUUUGGUCUUUUGUGAAUCUUCUUUAACUUUCAUGAAAUUGUUGUACUCUAUGGAUUGUCCACUUGGUUCAUUUUUGUUUCUGAACCAUACACCAAUUCCACUCAUUCAAUUCAUCUCUCUAUCCUUUUAUUAGGAAAAAAAAGAGGCUUAUUUAUGUGGAUUUCCAUUUCUUUAAGUUUCUACUGUGUUUUCUCCUUUUAGUUUUUAGCCCCCCCCCCCCCUCCAAAUACGUGUCAUUUUUCAGCUGACAAUAGCAGCAUAACAUUUAAUAGAAUUUAUUUUUUAUUAAA